AUGUGGAGACAUGACACGGUACCGGACGUCAACCGGGCUAGCACAAGCUGCGGUCGGAACAUCAAGAUUCUUGCUAUCGUAGAGAUAGAUCCAGGAUCUUGUGGGUCCUACCACGAGAUCCUGGAUCUUACGCGUCGACGCCUUGACGAUGCCAAGCCUCUUCAUGCUGACACUUGCUGCAUCUGGAGACACAUUGCACUGGCCAUGGAAAAGACUUUUCGGGGCGCUAGCGGGCGUUGUACCGCUGAAGCUCGUGCAGCCGUGCGUCUAGGUUUCCACGACGCUGGCACAUGGAGCAAGUUUACUGAGGACUUUGGCGGUGCUGACGGGAGCAUUCUCCUUAGUGGCUUGAGUGGAGGUGAGGCAGAGCUCCAGCGACCGGAGAACAAUGGCCUCCAGCACAUUGCAAGUGUAACUCUCGACUGGUGGGCGAAGUACAAGUCAUACGGGAUACACAUGGCAGACUUGAUCCAAAUGGGCGCCAAUGUCGCGACUGUUGUUUGCCCCUUAGGACCUCGAGUGCGCACUUUUGUUGGCCGGCCAGAUUCCGGUCGUCCCGCAGUCAAUGGACUUCUGCCUGAUGUCUUUGCCGAAGCAGAUCAGCUCAUCGAACUAUUCGAGAAUAAGACCGUUAGAGUCCACGGCUUAGUAGCGCUCGUUGGAGCGCACUCCACCAGCCAACAGCAUUUCGUCAACACCAGCCGUGCUGGGGACCCACAAGACAGCACGCCUGGUAUAUGGGAUGUCAGCUUUUACUCGGAGACAACAUCAACAAAUACACCGGUCAGGGUCUUCAAAUUCCCAAGCGACGUUAAACUGUCAAAGCACCUACUUGCAAGCGCGGAAUGGAAUCAGUUUGCAAGCGGCCAAGCGCAUUGGAAUGAGGAUUACGCAAAAGAAUAUGUCCGCCUCUCCCUCCUUGGUGUCAACAACAUCAACAGCUUGACUGAAUGCUCACAUGUACUUCCUCGUCGGACAGAUAAGGUCACUGUAUCAGACAACGCUACCGUCGUAAAGAAUUGGCUGAAUAGAAACAACGACAAGGAUAUUAGCAAGGCUCUUGAAUCUGGCGAGUUAGUAAAGUAA